AUGAACGGAACUGUGGAAGCUAACGCGAUGGCAAAUACUCCGCCAGCGCCCGGAGCAGCUGCUCCAGGCAACAACAAUAACAUGUUGGCACAACAGAAAGCAGCACGGAAUUUUAAGCUGCUCGUUGAUCCUUUUCUGCACAGAGGCACGCAAAAGAUCUAUCGUUACGAUGGAGUCGUGCCGGGAGAUCCGAACCAUCCACCGGUUAUUCCACGCGAUCCAAGGAACCCAUUGGCGCGCAUUCGAUCCCGUGUAGAACCGCUGGAUAUUCCCGUACCGAGAUUCAAAAUAGAUCAACAUUAUGUCGGCGAACCGCCAGCAGUAGAGAUCACCAUAACGAACUUGAACGAUAACAUCGAUAAGCCAUUUCUGUCGGACAUGCUGGCCAAGUGUGGCACGUUCACGGAGCUGUACAUAUACUAUCAUCCUGUGUCGAACAAACAUCUCGGUCUAGCGCGCAUCGUGUUCGAGCAGGUCCGGUCGGCGCUGAUGUGCGUGGAAAAGCUAAAUGGUACCUCAGUAAUGGGCAAAGUGCUGAACGUAUUCAAAGACCCUUUCGGUGAGCAUUGCAAACGGCUGCUGGAGGAGAAAUCGUCCGAAAGGAAACCAUCACUGCCACAGCCGCCGCCUCCUCUACCACCGCUACCACCGGUCAGCUCCAACCACCACCACCACCACCAUUCCCUCCCAGUCACAGCGUCGAUGAGCAGUACAGAUCCGCUUGGGCUAAAGGUGGCCCAAAAUUCGAGAUCUUCGUAUCGCAAAGCACCACCGGAACCAGAUCCGGAACCAUGGGACAAGAAGCCGGCGUCGACAAUUGGCGAAGAUGGUGAGCUGUGGGAUGCGGAUGAGUUUUCAGGCAGUGCGGGCAAUAGUCAGGAUUCGAGCUAUUAUAGUAAGGAGAAAAGUACCAGCCGUGGCAGCCAGUACGGGGGCGAGUGGGAUGGCGAAGGUACGGAGCGUCGGGAUGCAAAGUACUACGACGAUAAGGAUCGUAAACAUCACCACCAUCAUCACAAGAGUGAUCGUGUGCGGGAUCGGGACCGGUAUCGUGAGCGGGACCGUGAUCGAGAUCGAGAUAGGGAUCGGGAUCGGGAUAGGGAUCGUACGCGUGACCGACAUCGGGAUCGUGAUAGGACACGCGAUCGAGAACGGGAUCGUACGCGCGACCGUGAAUAUCGUGACCGUGAGUGGGAUUCGAAAAAGCGAGGCAAAAACUACCGUGAUUCAUGGUAUGGUGGUGAAGGGGAAGGUUAUCCGCCCAGUGGUAGUGGUAGUAGUAGUCGGUACGAAGCCGGAUACGAUUACUAUUCUUCGUCGUACCCGGGCAGCUCCGAGUACGGUGGUAGUGGUGCGUACGGCGGUUAUCCACCGUCCGGAACAUCCUCAUCGGCAAAGUGGGCACCACCGCAACCACCGGUACCACCACCACCGCCACCACCGGAGGAGAAUUGGGACAGUUCCUCCAAACCACCCGCACCACCUCCUAUACCGUUAGGCAAAAGCGGCACUAGUGCCGCGAGCAAAACGAUCAUGGACGAAGCUGACUUGUGGGACACGGAAGCUGCUCCUUCGUCCACUGGAACAAAGCCAGCACCACCACCACUUCCUUCCACUUCUUCAUCGCCACCACCACCACCCGAACCAUCGAAAGCACUGCCCGGCGGAAAUGAUGAGGACAGUGGCAGUACGCUCGAUCUGGACACGCGGAUAGCGUUGCUGUUUAAGGAGAAAACUUUCGGCGGAAGCUUCUUGCAGCUGAGUGACGACGAGGAGGAAGAUCGUAAGCCCGACAUUGGUAUGGGUAGUGGUGGAAGCGGUGUAACGGAAGAGUAUGCAGUGCACGUUGAUACAAGCCAGCUGAAGGAGGAAUCCAUGGAUGAGACGACAAAUGAUGGCACGAAUGGUGGAGGUGGUCGUCGGCCACCGAGUCCUCCGCCACUACUAGAACCAGAAAAGCCACCUCCACCGUUACUUCCACCGGACGAAGAGUCGAUAGAGCGGAAACCUCCAAAACGGGAACCAAUAAUCGAAAGUCUUAAAGAGGAAGGUGCGAGCGACAUUUCUUCCAGUGACGACGAGAUAUUGGCGAAGGAGGACGAAAAACCGGUCGUAUCGCCACUGGAAGAUAGCAAGCCACCACUUCUCGGUCCGGACGAUUUGAAGCUACAACCUGGUGCACCUGCUCCUCCACCACUACCCAGCGAGCCAGCCCCCGCCGUUCCACCUCCACCGGAACCCGCCGAAGGUGGUAGCUUUUCUUUUCUAUAUCCAACCAACAGUUACUACAACUACGCAGCACAACCGGCUUCUACCACAUCCGUCUACUACCAUGGCUAUCCGACGGGUUUCCCUGGUGCACCGCUUUUCAACUCGUACGGUAUGCCAGCCUCCACCGGAAUGUACUACUCGCCCGGUAAACAACCGGGCCCACAUGGACGCGACGAUGGGGGCCAGAGUGCAUUUCUUGAGCCUGGCGGUGGUCCAAAAAGCAUGAAAGAUCGUGCCCGCUCACUCAAAAGAAAUCGGUACGAGAUUGUGAUCGAUUCCGUUGUCGAGCGUGUGGUGGCCGAGCUGAAGCAAAUACUGAAGAAAGAUUUCAACAAAAAGAUGAUCGAAAAUACCGCCUUCAAAAAGUACGAAGCGUGGUGGGAUGAGGAAGAACGGAAGCACAAGGGAAAAGGUGGUGAAGCGGCCAGCUUAUCGGCCGCGUCCGGUGUACUCGGUGGAGCGGGAGUUGGUGGAGGAGCAGGUACAGGAGCGUUUAAGGUUGAAAAACCGCCCGAUAUUAAUCAUCUGCUAAGCCAAACGUACGACAACCUGGACAGUAAUGGGCCGGGCAGUUUUGUGGGUCUUGGACUGCGUGCCACCAUCCCGAAGAUGCCCAGCUUUCGGCGUAUACGAAAACUGCCGAGCCCGGUACCGCAGGAUGAAGAUUCGCGCAAGAGCGAUCAAGACGAUAUGGUGGUUCGGGGAUCGGAUUCGGAGAAAGAAUCUUCCAGCGGUGGUGGUGGCGGGAGCAGUACAACAGCCGCCGGGCCAUCAUCCACCUCCGCUACCGGUGGUGGUGCAUCGUCGUCCUCUGGGAAAAUGGCGGGUGAAUCAUCUCCCUCGAUCGAAAGCGACAGCAAUCGAACGAGAAGAGCGCCUGCGACGGACAAUAAUAGUAGCAGCAGUGGAAUUGCGGGUCCUUCCCGGACGAAUGCGGAAAAACGUAUGCCAAGCGUUUCGUCUUUCACGUCCAGCAGUGAGGAAGAGGAUGAUUCGAGUGCGACCGAUUCUGACGAUAGUCUCGAGUCGGGAUCUCUUUCGGAGGUGGACACUUCCGGGGUCCCGGUGACCAGUGGUUACGGGGCAAAGCGGGCACGCGAACGACGUGAACGAGAAAACCGUAUAUAUUCCGACUCAGAUAGUGAUAUCGUCGAUACGCAUCCGAUUAAACCUCGAGCGGGAACAAGUUUCGGGCCGGGUGGUGCACGGCGGUUGAAAGAAGGCGGCGGAAAGGUUGGAAAAAUUUAUUCAGAUUCCGAUUCGGACGAUGCGAGCGGUCCGGUGCGAAAAUCAUCACUACUUCCGGCGGUAAUUGAUCGAAGGCGAAGUCAUAGCCGAAGUCGCAGUCCCUACAGUGGUCCCGGUGCUGUGAUGAAACCAGUGCCCCAAAGUACUAAACCACCGCCCGUCAUCGAUUCUUCCCAACUGCCAAAGCUUUCGUUGCAGGAACUGCACGAAGAUCUAUCGCCCAGCUCGGGUGACGAAAUGCUGCUGAUGGAGGAUGAAGAUGGGAAGCCACCGCGAACGCCGGGACGCGAAUCACCGAGCAAAGCGAACAGCAGCAAUGUAACGGCAACCGGUACGGCAGCGAACAAUAGUGAUACUAGCAAUCAGCAACCAUCGAACCACCACCAAUCUUCGUCCUCGUACGGUGGAAUGCUGGAUCGAAUUUAUAGCGAUUCGGACGAGGAGCGCGAGUAUCAGGAAAAGAGACGCCGCAAAGCGGAAUGCUUGCUACAGAUCGACAAAGAAUGCCAGGAAGAGUUGGAACGGAUGGCACUGGAAAAGGGCAAGCGGGCAAUGGCGACCGAAAAUGAAAGGGCGCUCGGUGGCAAAGCGGCUGACAGCUACAAGAAAACUACCAAGCCGCUAUCAUUCGCGUCCGGCAAAAUGUCUAGUCUGGAGGAACCGCUUACACCAAACCUUUCGCAACCGCCACCGACACCGGGCGCUAGCUUGAUGGGUGAGUUGCGCAAACAUCCUCUCAGCGGACUGUUUGCCAGCGGUGACAGUAAUGGUGGAGGUUUUGCUGCGAACGAUUCUUCUGUCGGUGAAGAACACCCGAAAGCGACACAAUCGACGAGCUCGAAGAAAAGGAAGAGCAAAGGCACUCUUACGUCCGUUGGAGGUAAAGCGGUUAAGGGUCAAACCACCCGUAAAGGCGUCAACAAGGAGGAGCUUAAUGGUUCGGAAGGACAGAACGCCAGAAUCUUGCUUCCACCAUCUUGUUCGCCCUCCAGGGGACCAUCGGCCGUACCGUGUACACCCGUCGAUUCGGUACGUUCCGAUGAGUUCUUUAUGGAUGGUGAUGAAAGUUUGCGUCGAGCGGCUAAAGCUUCACCGGCUUCCUCAGACGGUGGCUCUAGCCAGGCGAGUCAGGUGGCGCUCGAUCACUGCUACUCCUUACCUCCGUCCGCGUCGCCAUCAUCCUCCUCGCCUCAACAGCAGUCCGAUUCGUCAACGACAACGGCCAAUACGCAAACAAACAAGUACGCACCUUCUUCUUCCUCCUCCUCCUCUUCUUCUUCGUCCAAACACGUGCUGGCGCACGAUCAUGGUUACACGAACAGUGGUAACGAGCGUGUACAACAGCCAAUUGCCGGAACUAGCAACCAUCGUGACCCGCUACCGUUAAUGGUUUCCGAUACCAAUGUUGUUCCGAUUGCUGUGGAUCCAUCCGCAUCUACAAUUUCCGGAACUCCAAUUGGAUCGAAUGAGGAUAGUACGGCUGUGAUGAAACCACCGGUCCCAACUAAGCCAAGGUACGAUCGUAAACGACCGGAUAGACAAUCGCUAUCGUUCUCCGAGUACGACACACCACCGGAAGGCGGUUCCGGUGCUCUUACCAUCCCCCAGCUGGUGGAGCAACGGUUCGUUCCCGUACCGAAGUACCGUCCACGGGAGCUUGCAAACGAGAUGGGGCUGUUGUUCGAUUUCCUGACGCGUGGCAUCGACACGGAAGACAUCCGGUACAUACGCCAAAGCUACGAACUGUUGCUGAUGGACGAUGCAAGCAGUUACUGGCUAAAUGCCACCCACUGGGUCGAUCACUGUGCCACCGAUCGUAGUUUCGAACCGGCGCUACUACUUCCACCACCAACGAAACGGCGAAAGAAGGACAAAGCGGGCGGGUGUGGUAGUAGUUCGCUGGCAGAUAUAAAGCUGCACCGGACAGGAAGUGCCCGUACGGAGGGAUACUACAAGAUAGAUCCGCGCGAAAAGGCCAAAUACAAGUAUCACCACCUGAAGGGUACGGCCGCAGCGAACCAUCUGAGCAAUCUGGAGCUUGCCAAAGCGGUCACCAAGAUGCAGGGUAUAUCGCGUGAGGCACGCUCCAACCAGCGCCGGUUGCUGAACGCGUUUGGGGCAAGCACGGAGUCGGAGUUGCUCAAGUUCAAUCAGCUCAAGUUCCGUAAGAAGCAGCUCAAGUUUGCGAAGUCGGCCAUCCACGAUUGGGGUCUGUUUGCGAUGGAACCGAUCGCGGCCGACGAGAUGGUGAUCGAGUACGUCGGUCAGAUGGUACGACCGUCGGUGGCGGAUUUGCGCGAAACGAAGUAUGAAGCGAUCGGGAUCGGCAGUUCGUACCUGUUCCGGAUCGAUAUGGAAACGAUUAUCGAUGCGACCAAGUGUGGAAAUUUGGCACGAUUCAUUAACCAUAGUUGCAAUCCAAAUUGCUACGCCAAGGUGAUUACGAUCGAGUCAGAAAAGAAGAUUGUCAUCUACUCGAAGCAACCGAUCGGGGUGAAUGAGGAAAUUACGUACGAUUAUAAGUUUCCGCUCGAGGAUGAAAAGAUCCCGUGCUUGUGCGGUGCACCCGGUUGCCGCGGUACUCUCAACUAAACGCUUAGAAGAUGGG